AAAAGAAGUGGAAAGAUUAACAAGCUACAGAUGCUUGAGUUGAUAAGGAAGAACCAGUAAGAGGAAAAGAGAUAAGCGUUAUAGGGCAACAAAAGGAAAGAGAGGGAGUGAGAAAAAGAGGGAGAGGAAAUAAUAAAGCUCAGCGAACGAAACUUGAAAAUGUCAUCUUCCUGAACGGAAUGGAAAGGACGGAUCGGUAACAAUUUAUCGUUUGAAAAGUUUCGAAACUAGAUAAUUAUCGGAAAUAUUUAUUUGUUUUACGUAUUAUUAUUUAUAUAUUUAUUUAUUUUACGUACUAUCUCAUUGUGAUAUUACGUUAAAUACUCGUGAUCGUUUAUUAUUACGAAAUAUCUGCUGAUACUAUUGGAAAAAUAAUUAAUCAACGAAUUGGACCAUUCAGCGAGAUCCUUAAUAUCAUUUAAAUUAGCAAAAAUCUUCUUCUCGACUAUUAUAGAAUAAAUGAAAGAAUACCAUUACUAAAAUAUAUUCAAAGAAAUAUGGCAGAAAAAAUUGGAUAUUCUAAAGAAACCUUUGUUUCUCAAACUGAACAAACGAUUAAAGCAAAAAGGUUUUUUCAAUACCUUGCAAGUUUCUUAGCAUCGUUAGGAGCAACAGCAGCAGGAAUGUCACUAGCAUGGACUUCAAAUGCUGGUAUAAAUGGUGCCAAUAUAGCAAGGGUAUAUAAUAUUUCCAUUACCGCAGAAGAAUUUUCAUGGAUUGGAUCACUCGCAGCACUUGGUUCUGCAGUAUCAUGUGUACCAAUUGGUAUUCUUGCAGAUAUAAUAGGCAGAAAGUAUUCAAUGCUAAUACUUGUAAUUCCUUUCACUAUUGGCUGGCUUUGUAUUAUUUUUGCAAAAUCUAUCGCUUUAUUUUACGUUGGAAGGUUCUUGACAGGUUUCAGCGGUGGAGCUUUUUGUGUGACAGGUCCUAUGUAUACUUCAGAAAUUGCUGAAAGCGAAAUUCGUGGAAGAUUAGGUCUAUAUUAUCAGUUAUUUCUCACUGUGGGUAUUGUAAUAGUAAACAUUCUAAAUUUUAGUGUAAAUAUGUUUGAAUUAUCCAUUAUAUCUGGAAUUAGUCCAAUAAUUUUUGCUAUAACAUUCUUCUUCAUGCCAGAAACUCCUGUAUAUUAUUUAAUUAAAGGAAAUGAAGAUGCUGCUAGAAAAAGUUAUAUUAAAUUUAGAGGUCCAUACUAUGACAUAGAACCAGAAUUAAGUAUGCAGAAAAGAUUAAUAGAAGAGGCUAAUAAACAGAAGGUGUCUUUUCUAACUUCAUUGAAAACUAAAGCUUGCAUGAAAGGAUUAUUGAUAUCUUAUGGUCUUAUGUUAAUUCAACAAUGUAGUGGAAUAAAUGCUAUUGCAAUUUAUAGUGGUCCUUUAUUUGAGGCAGCAGGUAGUUCUGUUGGACCUAAGGAAGGUACCAUGGCAGCAGGUGCAAUUGCAUUAACUAUGGUACUUAUUAGCUCAUUAAUAGUCGAUCGUCUAGGUAGAAGAAUAUUACUUACAACAUCUAUUAUCUUUAUGUGUUUAUCUCUCUUAGCACUUGGUAUUUACUUCUAUUUCUUAGAAAAAGCAAGUACAAGUAGUCUAGAUUGGUUACCUCUUUCGUCUGUUUGUUGUUUUAUCAUUUCAUAUUCAUUCGGAUUUGGCCCUGUUCCAUGGAUGAUGAUCUCAGAGAUUUUUGCUCCAGAAAUCAAAGCUAUUGUUAGUAGCAGCGCUUGCUUUUUACAUUGGAUAAUGGCAUUUAUUAUCACUAAAACUUUUGUUAAUUUAAAUAAUACUAUACAUACCUAUGGUACGUUUUGGUUAUUUUCAUUUAUUUGUGGUAUAAGUAUCGGUUUUGUUUUAUUAUUUGUCCCAGAAACGAAAGGAAAAACGUUAGAACAAAUUCUACGCGAGUUAAACGCAUAGGUAGGUGUGUAAAAAAAUCAUUAAUAUAUAAAACACCUUGUAGCAUAAGAUAUUGCAUAUGAUGUAGGGCUGAUCUUUUUGUAAAAUGACUGUAAUAUGUUUUAGACAAAUAUAUUUCUGAUGGGGAUGUAAAAAUAUAUAAGUCAUAUUUUUGUUAAAACAGAAUAAAUAAUAACUAAUAUAUUAUA